UGAAGUUUGAGUUGGCGAGUGGGUGCGAGUGAGAAUGAGUGGCUACAUGUUGCAACAAAAAAGAAAAAAAACAAAAACAUGACAAAAGAAAUCAAAACCACCUACAUCGUAACGUGUUUCGACAUGGUGACACGACAACCUCUGUAACUGAAGCGACGACUUCGACAUCCGCCCGCGGAUAAACCAACAACACGACGACGAACUCUUAAUUAUGAAAGGAGCAAUCAUCACAAUUCGAGAGGGCGCCACCGUCCCCCGAUCGGCCACGCUAUCAGACAUGUGUGUGAAUGGAGCCAUUGCGUAUGAAUGUCUGGACUCAGCGCUGAGGAGCCAGGUUCAUCUCCUUCCCAACAGGACGUCGAGACGGGACACCCUCCUCCUCUCCUCCCCCGGGGGGGACGGGGCCAGGAGUCCGGCUGCGUGUCACGUGUGUGAGCGAGCGAGCGAAUGGUCGGAUGGGUUGUGUGUGCGUGACUGGAAGUGUGCGAGGACGCAUGCGGGAGACGGCAAUGAGAUUACAAAUGCGACAUCCUGAGCGAAAGAAACGCUGCGAGGUUUAGACAAGGAGAAAAAUUCAGCCUUUGAGGCUGAUCUUGAAAUCCCUGAAACUAAGAACUUUGGAUACGGGAAGAAGAAACAAACAAAAAAAAAACAUCAGUGCAAGGAUUUUUUUGUUUUGUUUUCAGUUACUAUUAAUUUGCUAUUAAUUGACACUGGACAUUGCUAAUGGCAGAUGCACAAAGGCCAUGCAUUCUAUUAUGAAGAUGCUUUGGGGGCUUGUCUUUUUGCCUCUAGCGUCUUCCUUUGUGCGUGUUUAUUUUUUCUCCCCCCACCCUCCGACGGCUUCUGUAAAGGCGAGCAUCGCAACGCACCCUCCCAUCACAACCCCAAAGCUAUGCCACCACAUACAGGCUUGAUGCUGUGAAAUUGUUGAUGUUGAAAUAAUUGGUUACAUUUUAAUUGAAGUCCAGCAAAACCACUGCUUUGCAGGUUUGUCGCCAUAGCUUUGAUUUAUCAUGAAAGGGAAAAGUGAACAUGGGCCAUUUUCACAUCGGAUUGUGAAUCUCAUAACCCUUGCAUGUACCCACUCAAUGAUGGCACAGUUCCUUUUUUAGGAUCUUUUCAGUUUCCUUAGACUGUGGAUACAGUGUCAUUUUUAUUUUAAGUAAACUGUGCUUAAAUGUUACACGUUUGCCCUUCCCUUUACCCUAUCACCUCCCGCCCUCCCCAUGUCACUUGUUAAAUAAUUUGUAUGGUUUUGCACAUGUACUGCAAAGUGAGGCCUCUUUGUGACGAUUGGUUGGUCUGACCUGCCAGUAGCCUCGACAAUAUGCAUCACGUUGACCACAAUCUUUGUAUUUCAAGAGUCAUCCCAGGAAGGUUUUUUUUUUUUUUUUUUUUUUAAACGUGGUCAUUGAAGAAAAUAAUUUUAUUUCUGGAGAAUUACCGAUAUCUCAGACUGAGGCAGUCUGACAUCAUGCUUUUUUCCCCUUUUCUCUUCAAGGUCCAAAAGGUGUCCAACUGUAAUUCAGUGGAACCAUUAAACAAAUCUUGAACACUAUUUGCAGUAUCUUUAGUAUAUUUGGGAGUCAUUUAGCCCCAUCAUAUUUCCUCCUAGCUAAAUGUACAAACUUAACUCAUCCAAUUCUUGUCUUCAACUCGAGCCACUGUAAUAAGAAAAAUUACAUUUUGUGAUCAUGAAAUUUCUGUUGGACAUGGCGGGGGGGUAUUUUUUUUUCCCCCCUCAGCAUUCCUCAUUAGCUGAGACGUGAUUUCAAAUUUACAAAUUAAAAACUAUGACACUGAAGGUAAGGUGGUUAACACAAAUGUUUUGGGGGAGAUAGGCUACAGCUUAGGUUGUCUGGGAAAAAAAAUAAAAAUAAAUAGUGAACCCCACAGUGUGAGACUAUUUGUGUGUUCUUUCGAACUUCUGGUGGAAAAAUACUGACUCGCUUCAGCCGUUAAUAUCUCAGCUGAUGUUCAAAUUUGGACUGCCAGAAGCCUGAUUGGUUGAAACCCGCGCGUGCGCACCGAAGGAAAGACGCUGCGUUUUCCGAUGUCUCAUAUUUGAAACAUCAACACAUGCUGCGUUUUCUGUUACUGAAAGUUAGAAACAUUGUCAGCACCUUAAGUUACCACACGUAAAAACACACACACGAAUUACAUCGAGUCUUGAUUUUGGGAGGAGAAAAAUUUUCCUAAUACAGUAACUUGAAUGCAACGCAAAACCAACCGGAAAUAGUAAAAAAAAAAGACUUUGGAAACAAACACCGAACUUGGAGCUGAAGUCUCCACCAUGGACAACCUGGAGGAGGAUCUGACGUGCUCCGUGUGCUACUCUCUGUUCUCUGACCCACGGGUUCUGCCGUGCUCGCACACAUUCUGCCGGGGCUGCCUGGACAGCUUGCUCCACGCCUCGCACAACUACUCCAUAUGGCGCCCGCUGCGCCAGCCGCUCAAAUGCCCCAACUGCCGCAGCAUGGUGGAGCUGCCCGUGGCGGGCGUAGACGCGCUGCCCACCAACGUGUGCCUGCGCGCCAUCGUCGAGAAGUACCAACGGGACGGCGAGCCCAGACCAUCUUUGUGUCUGGAGCACCCGAGGCAACCCCUCAACAUGUACUGUGUCCAGGACCGCAAGCUAAUCUGCGGCCUGUGUCUGACCAUGGGCCAGCACCAGGGCCACGCCAUCGAUGACCUGCAAGCGGCGUUUGAUCGAGAGAAGCAGACCCCUUCGCUCUUGCUGGCACGGCUCUCUGAGCACAGAUGGGCACAGGUGUGUGAGCUGGGUGAGCAGCUGGAACAGGACAAGGCCCACUGCGAGGCUGCGGUGAGGCAGGACCGACAAGAAGUAACUCAGUUUUUCCACAUGCUGGAGACUGCGCUGGCCAGGAAGAAACAAGCCUACUUGGAGGUUCUGGACAAAGCCUUCGAUGAGGUUUCGCGGGCGUAUGACCCACUCAUCCACAAAGUCAAGGAGCUGCAGGAGGAGCACUUGGAUCUGCUUUCUUUGGCGGCAUCCGUUGAGGAGGAGGAUUCGCCGCUAGUCUUCCUGGAGAAGGUUCACGUGUUCAGAGAGCGAGUGGACGACUUCACCGGUGCCAGUCUGCCGUCUGCCCUCAAAAUCUCGGUCACUCCCCGAGCGGUCGACUACCUGCAUCAGCAUUGGGCCGCCGUCACUCUCAGCAGUCUGGACGAGGCACCGGUUCCCAAGGUACGCUGCUGCCACCAGUGCGGCGGCAUGGCGGCAGACCCUCGCGGCGGACCGGCACACGGCAACUGUUGGCUCCGAGGAAGACUGCUUUUGCCAUUGUUGUCACUUUUGCUGGUGGCGACGCUGUGUUGGCUCAGCGUGUUCAGCCGAGACCUGAGAGGAGAGCUCUUCAUGCCCAUCUGGGACUGGGUGCAACUGGCAUACGCUCUGACACAGGCACUGGUACUAAAAUGGUGCAGUCACGUUUUCUCUACAGGAGAAAUGUUCUUGCAACAAAUGACUGCCUUCUUCACAAGUCUGAUGGCACCGCUCAACCUCAGUCUGUUAUUUAAAUGUUGAUUUGUGAUUCAUUUUAUGUCGCAAAGAAUGCCUUUGUACAUUAUUAGUAGCUUUAACGACCGUGCAUUACACUCUUUAAUGCUAUUUUUUAAAAUGUCAUCCUUACCGAGAACUGCUUGUAAAAUCUGUUUAUUUGGCAAAUUUGUAACUUUUUAAUGUUGGACAAUAAACUUUUUAUAUUAUGCUCAUUCUCA